UAAGCUUCAUUUGACGAAACCCACUUCCACCUUCACUACAAAGGCACCCUUUGUGGAGAAAAAUCGAGAUUUUGAUUCGGUGGGUUUGAUUCUUUGAGACAGAGAGAGAGAGAGAGAGAGAGAAUGUCACGGAGAGAUCUAGAAAGUGGCGUGGCAAGCAAGAACAACAUAGCAGGGAACAACAACAACAACAACAACUAUUCUGCUGCUCCUAAUUCCUAUGUUUAUGAUCCAGAAAUUUAUUGGACAUCAUGGCUUGUGCCUUUGAUUGUGGUCGCUAAUGUUGUGGUUUUCAUUGUGGCCAUGUUUGUCAACAAUUGUCCAAGAAAAAAUCCUGGCUUUGAAGGUGAUUGCGUGGCUAGGUUCCUUGGCAGGUUCUCCUUCCAGCCUCUUCGGGAGAAUCCAUUGUUUGGGCCUUCUUCCUUAACAUUAACAAAGAUGGGAGCCCUUCAAUGGGAUGAUGUUGUGAAUCAUCAUCAAGGAUGGAGACUUGUCACUUGCAUUUGGCUACAUGCUGGAAUCGUUCAUCUGGCAGCAAACAUGUUGAGUCUGGUUUUCAUCGGCAUUCGACUUGAACAACAGUUUGGCUUUGUGAGGAUUGGAAUAAUUUACCUGUUGUCUGGAUUUGGUGGGAGUGUACUGUCUUCUCUUUUUAUUAGAAACAACAUCUCUGUUGGUGCUUCUGGUGCUCUUUUUGGACUUCUUGGAGCAAUGCUUUCAGAACUUAUUACAAACUGGACUAUUUAUACCAACAAGGCAGCUGCUUUGUUCACGCUUCUGCUUAUUAUUGUCAUCAAUCUUGCCAUUGGCAUGUUACCACAUGUUGAUAAUUUUGCUCACAUUGGGGGAUUCCUGACAGGGUUUCUCCUUGGUUUUAUAUUCCUGCCCCGCCCUCGAUUUGGAUGGUUAGAGCAGCGACAUCUUCCAGCCGGUGCUCGCCUGAAGUCAAAAUACAUGACCUACCAAUAUGUUAUGUGGAUUGUCUCUGUUAUUCUAUUGAUUGUUGGGUUAUCUAUUGCUUUGGUGAUGCUAUUCCGGGGUGAGAAUGGGUAUGAUCACUGCCAUUGGUGUCACUACCUAACGUGUCUUCCAACUUCUAAAUGGAAAUGUGAUUCUUAUAUGUAUAGCUGUAGCUCUUCAAAAUUGGGCUGUUUUAUUAAUUUGAUGUGAUGACAGUUGUUGGCUUGUCUGUUGAUUAUUGCCUAUUUACAUAUAUAUAACAAAAUUUAUUUGUACAUGAAAUCCAUUUUCCAUUCAUGUUCUGCCUGGCU